AUGGGCCCGAGGGCCUGGACAAGGGGCUGGACAACGAUGCCGAGGGCGUGUGGAGCUCGGACAUUGAGCAGAGCUUCCAGGAGGCGCUGGCCAUCUACCCGCCCUGCGGCCGCCGCAAGAUUAUCCUGUCGGAGGAGGGCAAGAUGCCGGAACGAGCUGAUCGCGCGCUACAUUAAGAUGAGGACGGGGAAGACCCGGACGAGAAAGCAGGUGUCCAGCCACAUACAGGUUCUAGCGAGGAAGAAGGUGCGCGAGUACCAGGUUGGCAUCAAGGCCAUGAACCUGGACCAAGUCUCCAAGGACAAAGCCCUCCAGAGCAUGGCGUCCAUGUCCUCCGCCCAGAUCGUCUCCGCCAGCAUACAGAACAAGUUCAGCCCUCCCUCCCCGCUGCCCCAGGCUGUCUUCUCCCCUUCCUCGCGGUUCUGGAACAGCCCCGCUCUCCUGGGACAGCAGCCCGGACCCUCUCAGGACAUCAAGCCCUUCGCACAGCCAGCCUACCCCAUCCAGCCGCCCCUGCCGCCGCCGCUCAGCAGCUACGAGCCGCUGGCCCCGCUGCCCCCCGCCGCCCCGGCGCCCGCCUGGCAGGACCGCACCAUCGCCUCCUCGCGCCUGCGGCUGCUGGAGUACUCCGCCUUCAUGGAGGUGCAGCGCGACCCCGACACGUACAGCAAACACCUGUUUGUGCACAUCGGCCAGACCAACCCCGCCCUCUCGGACCCGCCGCUGGAGGCCGUGGACGUGCGGCAGAUCUACGACAAGUUCCCCGAGAAGAAGGGCGGCCUGAAGGAGCUCUACGAGAAAGGGCCCCCCAACGCCUUCUUCCUGGUCAAGUUCUGGGCCGACCUCAACAGCACCGUCCAGGAGGGCCCGGGCGCCUUCUACGGGGUCAGCUCCCAGUACAGCUCCGCCGACAGCAUGACCAUCAGCGUGUCCACCAAGGUGUGCUCCUUCGGCAAGCAGGUGGUGGAGAAGGUGGAGACGGAGUACGCACAGCUGGAGAACGGGCGCUUCGUGUACCGCAUCCACCGCUCGCCCAUGUGUGAGUACAUGAUCAACUUCAUCCACAAGCUCAAGCACCUGCCCGAGAAGUACAUGAUGAACAGCGUGCUGGAGAACUUCACCAUCCUGCAGGUGGUCACCAGCCGCGACUCCCAGGAGACCCUGCUGGUCAUCGCUUUCGUCUUCGAAGUCUCCACCAGCGAGCACGGGGCCCAGCACCACGUCUACAAGCUCGUCAGAGACUAG